GCUCCCUUUCCGCUUCCGGUACGAACGCAUGUGCGAUCGCUGCCGGUGAGUGUCUUCUGCUUUUGAGCGCCUUAAUAAAUUAGCCGGCAGUUUCCUUGCACGUCCUCGUCGAGAAAACAUCAGGUGUUUCCCUAGCCAUGCUCCGCAAGGUUUUGUUCCAGGCAACCGCAAAGCAAACUCGUCGGCAGCUCACCUCCAUCGUACGACAUGGCGAUGCCCUUGCGGGGACGGCACCGCGACCUGCGAACUGUGUUCUGCUAAUAAGCAAACGUGGGGCCGGCCACAGCCACUGGCAAAACGUUCGGCACAUCAAGGCCGAAAAGGACGCGAACAAGGCAAAACAAACGGACAAAUACGUUCGGCAAAUUGUAGCGGCUGUCAAAGUUGGCGGUGGACCAGACCCCAAGCUCAACAAACUCCUCGCUGACGUUAUAGAGUGCGCUAAACGAACCCAAGUCGUGUCCAACUCCGCUAUCGAUUUGGCCAUCAAGCGUGCAGCGGGAGCACUGUCCGCCAAGAACCUGCGCAGCACUCAGUAUGAGAUAGUUAUGGAACACGGAGUCCUCCUGGUUGUGGAAGCAGAGACCGGCAAUAUUAGCAAACUCGGCCAUGAACUCAAAAAUAUUUGCAAGCGUCACACCUGCGCCAUUGUUCGCGGCGGUGUCAAAGAAAAAUUUGAAACCAAGGGUUUCGUCAAACUGGGAGGACGCGAUGAUGGCACCAAAGUGGACAUGGAUGCUGCACUGGCCGUGGGCUUAGAAAAUGGAGCUGAAGACGUCACUGAACUUCCAGAUGGGACGUGCGAGUUUGUUUGCGGGCCUAAUGAACGUUUUGCGCUUGCAAAGGCUCUGACAACAGCAGGAUACAUGGUCACCGAAAACGGUGUUCGGCUGGUGCCGUACAUGGCCAUUUCCCCUCCAGAAGAACAGCUGGACAAGGUGUCAAAUUUGUGCGAUGAACUCGAAGACCACCCGGAUAUUCUGGUCAUACACACAAAUCUGGCUUAAAGAUAACAUAAACUAUAGAUAAACUUUA